AGCUUGAAGGCCUUCUCUUUCACUACGCCUCUCUUCAUAAUCUCUUUUCGCUAAACACACACUUUCUCUUUUCUGUUUAAUUUUAAUACAUCAGCUGUUUCAGCAGCAUUCGUCACUGCGGCACACUCCACAAGCGCAAGCCCCACGUGCGACGACCGACUUUCUCGUUUCUGUCAAGCUGUACGAAGCUCUUCACCGCGACCUCUUCCUUCCUCUUCCGUACCUCCUCCCUCACCUCUCUGACUGCGACCUAUGGCGUGUCUCAAGUACCCGCUGCGUCGCAUGAUGGUGGCCGGUGCGCUGCUGGUGCUGUGCGUGAACGCCCUCUUUGUCUCCGCGGCCUCCACCACCGACUACACCGCCGAUCAGCAGAAGAACACGCUGGCGUUCCUGAAGGGCUUUGCGAUAGCGGGCUCAACUCUGGAGACCAGCUGGACCGGCACGGACUUCUGCUCGUGGCCGUACGUGAGAUGCGGCUAUUUAGCGAGCACGCUGAGUUUCAAGGCCUACAGCCGGCCGGCGUUCACGGGAUCGCUGGUGUUGCCUGAGCUGGGUGCGGACGUGAAUGGCUCCGCCGUGAUCUUCACGGAAAUCUCUGCGAGUUGGUUUGGGCAACAGGUUACAGGCACGCUGCCCACGAGCUGGGGCCGCCUGAGGAAGCUGCGGACUCUGCGGUUGAACUACAACUCACUGAAUGGCCCGCUGCCUGCGGACUGGAGCGGGAUGUCUGCGCUGCAGUCACUGUACCUGAACAGCAACCGCCUUGAGGGCAGCCUUCCCGGUCAGUGGAGGUUAUUGUCUGAAUUGAAGGACUUGCGGCUCGACAACAACUCGCUGUCCGGCGCGCUGCCUGCUGCGUGGAUUCGCAUGUCCUCACUGAAGGAUUUGUACCUCAACAGCAAUGCGCUCUCCGGCACGUUGCCUGCGGCGUGGGUGGCGUUAACGGCGCUUUGGUCUCUGGAUCUGUCCAAUAACCAGCUAACGGGCUCGAUCCCUGAGCGGUGGGGCGAGCUGCGGGUGUAUACGUUGGAGCUGAGCAGCAACAGGCUGUGCGGAUGCGUUCCUACCAAACUGAAGAACGGUUCUUAUCCCCCCACUGUUGAUCCUGCGGUGUCCGCUGCUAACUGUACCACUGCAAACGUGUGCGAGGCGCACAGCUCCGGCUCGGCCUCCGCGGCGGACGACUCCGAGGAGAUCGCGAUGCUGACGGCGAACGAACAGAACACGCUGAAGUUCCUGCGGCUGGUGCGGGCUGCUGUGGGCGGGGAGCUGCGGAGCCUCUGGGGUGGCGUGUGGUACUGCGGCUGGCAGAACGUGAAGUGCGGUUCCAGCGGACUUGCAUCCGUCACGCUGAACGACGUCACGCUCUCUGGCUCGGUGCAGCUGCCGGAGCUGACGUCGGACAUCGAUGGCAGCCUUGUGGACGUGACGAGUUUCGAGCUGCACGGCAAGGGUGCGAGCGUGACGGGCGCACUGCCCACGAGCUGGGGCCGCCUGACCCGCCUGCGGACGCUGGACUUGAGCGGCAACGCACUGAACGGGUCACUGCCUGCGAACUGGAGCGCCAUGACGAAGCUUUACACUCUCAACCUGGCCGCGAAUGCGCUCUCGGGCACGCUGCCCGUCGAAUGGGCCGCGAUGCCGACCUUGAACGAGUUGCGGCUGAACAACAACUCGCUGGCCGGUGCGAUUCCUGAAGAAUGGAACAACAUGAAGUCACUGCAGGACAUCUACCUGGCGGGCAACGACUUCUGCGGGUGCGUGCCGAGCGCCUGGAAGCCGGGAUAUCCUCCGUACGUCCGAGCCGAUGACGCGGUGACAUCGCCGAAGUGCCGCACCGCAUACAGGUGUGUCGACGGCAGCGGCAGCUCUGACAGCAUGGCGGGGAUGACGGAGGAGGAGAAGAGCACGCUGAAGUUCCUGCGUGGCUUUGCGGCCAAAACCCCGUUUCUUGCGAGCAGGUGGACCGGCAUCUACUACUGUGAAUGGCCGUACGUGCGGUGCGGCACCUACUCGAAUGUGCUUAACUUUGGCGCCCUCAACUCCCCGGUGUUCACCGGAUCGUUGGAGCUGCCUGAGCUGGGUGCCGACGUGAACGGCUCCGCCGUCAUCUUCAAUGAGAUCUCCGUGAAUGAGUUUGGCCAGAAUGUCACGGGCAAACUGCCCGCGAGCUGGGGCCGCCUGACCCGCCUGCGGAUGCUGGACUUGAGCGGCAACGCACUGACAGGCUCACUGCCUGCGGACUGGAGCGGGAUGGCUGCGCUGCAGUCACUGGACCUGAGCAGCAACCGCCUUGAGGGCAGCCUUCCUGGCCAGUGGGGGUUCCUGUCGAAGCUUCGCUGGUUUCGGCUUUCGAGCAAUGCGUUGACCGGCACACUACCGGCAGAGUGGAAGACGAUGUCCGGCUUAAGUACACUCAACCUUUCGAGCAACGCCCUCUCUGGCUCGCUGCCUGCAGACUGGGCCUCCGUGGAGUACCUGCGGUCCCUAUACCUCGCAGCAAAUCAAUUUACAGGCUCGAUCCCUGCACAAUGGGCGGCCCAGUGGACGUACAUCAUUGCUGAUCUGAGCAGGAACCAUCUGUGCGGAUGCCUCCCCGAUGGUUGGUCGAAGAAAACUUACAACAUUGACAUUACCGUGGAUGCCGCGGUGUCUUCGUCCAACUGCAGCGAUAAGAACGCGUGCGACGUGCACAACACGACCACGACGACCACCGCUGCGCCGACGCAGGAGCAGCGAAACACCUUGAAGUUCCUGCAGGCGUUCUCGACGAUGGACCCGAGUCUGGCGAUGCGGUGGACCGGGAGCAGCUACUGCGACUGGGCGUACGUGAAGUGCUCUGCGGACGGUGCGGUGCAGCUGGACCUGUCACCGCUGCCGCUGGCGACAGCUGUGUCACGGACGAAGGUCGCCGCGUUGAUGAAGACUGUAACGUCGACGGCGACCGUGCGACUGCCUGAGCUCGCGGCGGACGUGGACGGGCAGCAGGUUGCGGUGACGGAGUUGAGCGUGUACGGUAAGGGCUCGCGGGUCGCGGGGACGCUGCCUGCGAGCUGGGGCCGCCUGAGGAAGCUCCAGACUCUGCGGCUGAACGGCAACUCACUGAAUGGCCCGCUGCCUGCGGACUGGAGCGGGAUGUCUGCGCUGGAGACACUGUACCUGAACAGCAACCGCCUUGAGGGCAGCCUUCCCGGUCAGUGGAGGUUAUUGUCUGAAUUGAAGGACUUGCGGCUAGACAACAACACGCUGUCCGGCGCGCUGCCUGCUGCGUGGAUUCGCAUGCCCUCACUGAAGACUUUGUACCUCAACAACAGUGCACUCUCCGGCACGUUGCCUGAGGCGUGGGCAUCGAUGCCGGCGUUGGGCUAUCUAUACCUGUCCAAGAACCAGCUGGUCGGCUCGAUCCCUGAGCGUUGGGGCGAGCUGCGGUUGUAUACGUUGGAGCUGAGCAGCAACAGGCUGUGCGGAUGCGUUCCUACAAAGCUGAAGAACAAGUUUUAUGUGACCAUUACUGUUGAUCCUGCGGUGUCUGCUGCUAACUGUACCACUGCAAACGUGUGCGAGGCGCACAGCUCCGGCUCGGCCUCCGCGGCGGACGACUCCGAGGAGAUCGCGAUGCUGACGGCGAACGAACAGAACACGCUGAAGUUCCUGCGGCUGGUGCGGGCUGCUGUGGGCGGGGAGCUGCGGAGCCUCUGGGGUGGCGUGUGGUACUGCGGCUGGCAGAACGUGAAGUGCGGGUCUGACGGGUUGGUGUCCGUCACGCUGAACGACGUCACGCUCUCUGACUCGGUGCAGCUGCCGGAGCUGACGGCGGACAUCGAUGGCAGCCUUGUGGACGUGACGAGUUUCGAGCUGCACGGCAAGGGUGCGAGCGUGACGGGCGCACUGCCCACGAGCUGGGGCCGCCUGAGGAAGCUCCAGACUCUGCGGCUGAACGGCAACUCACUGAAUGGCCCGCUGCCUGCGGACUGGAGCGGGAUGUCUGCGCUGGAGACACUGUACCUGAACAGCAACCGCCUUGAGGGCAGCCUUCCCGGUCAGUGGAGGUUAUUGUCUGAAUUGAAGGACUUGCGGCUAGACAACAACACGCUGUCCGGCGCGCUGCCUGCUGCGUGGAUUCGCAUGCCCUCACUGAAGACUUUGUACCUCAACAACAGUGCACUCUCCGGCACGUUGCCUGAGGCGUGGGCAUCGAUGCCGGCGUUGGGCUAUCUAUACCUGUCCAAGAACCAGCUGGUCGGCUCGAUCCCUGAGCGUUGGGGCGAGCUGCGGUUGUAUACGUUGGAGCUGAGCAGCAACAGGCUGUGCGGAUGCGUUCCUACAAAGCUGAAGAACAAGUUUUAUGUGACCAUUACUGUUGAUCCUGCGGUGUCUGCUGCUAACUGUACCACUGCAAACGUGUGCGAGGCGCACAGCUCCGGCUCGGCCUCCGCGGCGGACGACUCCGAGGAGAUCGCGAUGCUGACGGCGAACGAACAGAACACGCUGAAGUUCCUGCGGCUGGUGCGGGCUGCUGUGGGCGGGGAGCUGCGGAGCCUCUGGGGUGGCGUGUGGUACUGCGGCUGGCAGAACGUGAAGUGCGGGUCUGACGGGUUGGUGUCCGUCACGCUGAACGACGUCACGCUCUCUGACUCGGUGCAGCUGCCGGAGCUGACGGCGGACAUCGAUGGCAGCCUUGUGGACGUGACGAGUUUCGAGCUGCACGGCAAGGGUGCGAGCGUGACGGGCGCACUGCCCACGAGCUGGGGCCGCCUGAGGAAGCUCCAGACUCUGCGGCUGAACGGCAACUCACUGAAUGGCCCGCUGCCUGCGGACUGGAGCGGGAUGUCUGCGCUGGAGACACUGUACCUGAACAGCAACCGCCUUGAGGGCAGCCUUCCCGGUCAGUGGAGGUUAUUGUCUGAAUUGAAGGACUUGCGGCUAGACAACAACACGCUGUCCGGCGCGCUGCCUGCUGCGUGGAUUCGCAUGCCCUCACUGAAGACUUUGUACCUCAACAACAGUGCACUCUCCGGCACGUUGCCUGAGGCGUGGGCAUCGAUGCCGGCGUUGGGCUAUCUAUACCUGUCCAAGAACCAGCUGGUCGGCUCGAUCCCUGAGCGUUGGGGCGAGCUGCGGUUGUAUACGUUGGAGCUGAGCAGCAACAGGCUGUGCGGAUGCAUUCCUACAAAGCUGAAGAACAAUUUUUAUGUGACCAUUACUGUUGAUCCUGCGGUGUCCGCUGCUAACUGUACCACUGCAAACGUGUGCGAGGCGCACAGCUCCGGCUCGGCCUCCGCGGCGGACGACUCCGAGGAGAUCGCGAUGCUGACGGCGAACGAACAGAACACGCUGAAGUUCCUGCGGCUGGUGCGGGCUGCUGUGGGCGGGGAGCUGCGGAGCCUCUGGGGUGGCGUGUGGUACUGCGGCUGGUGGAACGUGAAGUGCGGUUCCAGCAGACUUGUAUCCGUCACGCUGAACGACGUCACGCUCUCUGGCUCGGUGCAGCUGCCGGAGCUGACGGCGGACAUCGAUGGCAGCCUUGUGGACGUGACGAGUUUCGAGCUGCACGGCAAGGGUGCGCGCGUGACGGGCUCACUGCCUGCGAGCUGGGGCCGCCUGGCGCGUCUGCAGACGGUGCGCGUGCAGAGCAACGCCAUCACCGGCACGCUGCCGUCUGCCUGGAGCGAGAUGACGUCGCUGCGCAGCCUGAACGUGAGCGGCAACGCGCUGUCCGGUGGCGUGCCUGAUAGUUGGGGCGGCAUGACGAAGCUGGUGAGCGUCGACCUGAAGGGGACGGGCCUGUGCGGGUGCCUGCCCGCGGGGUGGAAGUCGAAGACGGUGGCUGCGGAUGCCGCGUUGACUGCGCGGGACUGCGCGAGCGCGAAUGCGUGCCCCGCGGUGUCGAGCACAUCAGCCCCGCCGAAGAAGAAGUCUGGACGCAACCUGAUCCCACUGUGGUGCGUGCUGGGUGCUGUGGGUGGGCUCUUGGUGGGACUUGCAGUGGGCUUUGGCGUGCGCUUCUAUCGCCGGCGUCAGCGUGAUAGAGAGGUGAGUGGAUUCCAGACCGUGCAAGAAGCGGAGAUGGAGCCUUUUGCAAAGAUGCCUGACUCGCCGUAUUAA